CCGCUGGAACUACAUCCCACUGUUCCCCUCAGUGAACAUAGUUCACUUGAACAAAUUCGACAAAUUCGCUGUAAGACGACUCACAAAUAUAAAAUGUUAAAAUCAUUAUUUUUAGUGUUUUUAUUAAUAACAUUGGUGUAUGGGGUGGCCUAUGACUGUACAACAUUGCUUAUGGGCCAGUAUUUAUGUCCAGAGCCAGGUCGAAAUCAAAUUGACCCAAAGACACAACAGUUCUACGGAUGUGAACGAAAUGGAUUGGCAAAGGUUUGGUGUAUAGCCGCUGAUGGUAUUGAGUGCAUUGGAACGAAUAACAACACAUUUACCAAGGAAAUGCCAUGCAAAUGGACAAAUGGCUAUCACCUGGACACGGUUCUCCUGCUUUCCGUUUUUACCGGCAUGUUCGGUUUGGAUCGUUUCUAUUUAGGCUAUUACGGUAUGGGUCUAUUGAAAGCAUGUACUCUGGGCGGUUUCUUCAUUGGCCAAUUGGUGGAUAUCAUAUUAAUUGCCCUGCAAAUAGUUCGACCCGCUGAUGGUUCACAUUAUAUUAUACCAUAUUAUGGUGCUGGUGUGAACAUAAUACGAAGUAAUAAUGAAACUUAUCGUGUACCUCGUGAUGAUUGGAAUCGUGCAUGAAGACGUUACCAGAUAUGCAUGUAUAACAGAGAGAAUCUAAGGACUGUUUGUUUUGUAAUAUAUUGUAUGUAUGAUGUAUAUUGUAAUUAUUGUUUAAGUAGUAAAUUUAAUUGAAAAAAAGAAAAUCCAAAAAAAUAAAAUGAUUUCU